CUCAAAUGCAACAGUGAUGACCUCCGCCAACUUGCAGUGCUGUGUGAGCUUGGCGCGUCGGCGGGCGGCAGCUUCCCAGCUCUCACGCCCAGCUCCGCGUCACGGCUUGACCUCACUCCGCACCGCCUCUCCGGUCGCAAUUCUUGCCGGCAGCACACCGAUCUUGGCCGAGGCCAUCACCAGCUGGGACUUUCCUCCCUACCCUCCCAAGCGCCCAUCAGCGUCAUCAAUCUGCGACCAUGCCUCCAGCUAUCAGUGAUGACGAAAACUCCGACAGCGGCGAUUUUGCCGUGACAAGCGAUAUCCUGCCCCCGAAGAAGGUUGGCCGCGGGCGCAAACCGAUCAAGAAGGAGGAGGAGGAGGAGGAGGUCUCGGAGGACGACGAUGGCCCAGACACCAAGAUGACAAACGGAGGCGCCGACGAGGAUGACGGAGAAGACGAGGAUGAGGAAGAAGACCUGGACGAGGAUGAGUACGUGGUCGAAAAGAUCUUUUCCCACUACAUUGCCGACGACGGUGAGCCACGCUUCGAGGUGAAGUGGGAAGGCUACGCGAAGAAGUCCGACCGGACAUGGGAAACAGAAGAGAACCUCCAAGAGAACGCCGCCGAGAUCCUACACGAGUACUUUAAGAGCGUCGGCGGCCGGGAGCAGAUCUUCGAGCAGACCGCCAGCGCGCUGAAGGGCAGGAAGCGAGGCCGGCAGUCCAACUCGGCCACGCCAGCAGAGAAACGGCCCCGCAAGAACGGGAACACCAGCAGUCACCCGGCGGACUCGACGCCGCCCGCGACCGCCCGGCAGGCGGCCGAGUGGAAGCCGCCGAGCGGCAGCUGGGACGAGGAGGUCGAGACCGUGGACAUGUGCCAGGACGAGGAGAACGGCACCUUCAUCGUCUACCUGACGUGGAAGAACGGCAAGAAGACGCAGCACCCCAAGGAGGUUGUCUAUAGGAGGUGCCCACAGAAGAUGCUCCGCUUCUACGAGCGCCACAUCCGGAUCUCCCGCGAUGGAGGCUCCCCCGUGGCCAUUGGCAGCAUGACCCAAUGAUCGACGACAUCCCCCCAUGCAUGCACGACGGGACAGGAAGGGACAAAUGCGGGCGCAGAAGACAUACUCACUUGUUACUUGGUCUGCGGAGUUUGACGUGGAAUCUCUUUUUUUUUUUUUUUGCGUGCGUGUGUCUGUUUUCGGGUCGAUGCGACAAAGAAGCACAAACGAAUGCGCGUGUAAAUUCCAGGGGCAAAAGCAUCCGCCUUGCGUUGGAACCGGAGCACUGUGAGGCUGGCUUAUCGUGAUUUUAUGGCAAGUUUUCCGAUCCAUCCACGAGUGGGAUUGGAGAUGUCGAGGCGGACAGCGCCGCUCACAUGCAUAUCGACCUUGGGGACUGCCAGUAUUGAUCAUUUCCUAAGGUUGCUUUCUUGUCGUUCUAGGAAUCCGGAAGAGGGAGUGAAACCAGCAGUGCUAUUCUGAUAUGAUCCUUCCGUUGCAAGAACGGUGCCCGGACUUUUCCUGUUUGCCGGUGACGGACGCCUUGAAAUAUCUAGUGUGUUCAUCUCGAAAAGGGCCGAGAAAGAGGCGUGUUCGUGAGACACCCGGCCCUCUCAUACGCCAUUGCAGUUGAUAUUGUCUGAUGAAUCAUUGAUGAGUGUUAAAGGCGUGUUUGGAGCAAUUUCUCCCCUCGGACGCCGAAUGAAGGGCGAAUGGAAUCGAGGUUUGCCGGAGGUCUUCUGAGCAGACCGUCCCUAGUAGUAGCAAAACAGGACAGCAUCGAUCCAGUCUAAUCUACCGCAUACAUUCA